AUGCCUUGUGAUGUGCUGGGCAAAAUCGAGAGCGCGCUCCUUUACUUUUUCUGCAAUGCCUCCCCCGGGCUGCGCGGUGGCGCUGCAGCCUCGCCGAGUACCGGGACGUUCUCGAGCCGUAGGGGAGCGCAGGCUUCUGGAACCCUCAGAGCGGCGGCGGCGGGAACUGGGGGCGCAGCGCGGGCUCUCCCACCUGUCAACCUGGCCCUUCUCUGCUUGGAUGGCGUCUUCCUUUCUGCAGCCGAGAAUGACUUUGUGCACCGGAUCCAAGAGGAGCUGGACCGUUUCCUGCUGCAGAAGCAGCUGUCGAAGGUACUGCUUUUCCCCCCACUCUCCAGUCGUCUCCGGUACCUGAUCCACAGGACAGCAGAGAAUUUUGACCUCUUGAGCAGCUUCUCUGUUGGGGAGGGCUGGAGGAGGAGGACUGUCAUCUGUCACCUAGACAUCAGGUUACCCAGUUCCGAUGGCCUCACUGGCUCCUGCCGCCCUCCUGCCUCCCAGCCUGGCAAGUACCGAGGUCCUCGGCCCACUUCACAUCAGGGAGUAGCUGGUGGAGCCCGUGGGGCACGGACGGGCCGGUGGCAGCGUGGACGUAAGCCAGACCGGGCUUUGUAUGUGCCCCGGGUGCUACGCAGGCAAGGAGAAUGGGCGAAGGCCCCCACUCCAGGGCCCAAGGGAGACACUGCAGUUGGUGGGUUCCUGGAAGAGCCUGGGGAAGUUGGCGCUGGGGAGCCCAGUUCUGAUCAGGAACACCCCGUGCUGGUGACGCGGCCAACAGAGGAUCUAAAGGACCCGGGCCACAGUUGUGAGAAGGAGCCACAGCCAGACCCUGCUGGCACGGAGCCCCCGAAGCCUGAGGACCACUCAGGAAUGGGAGACAGGCCUGCGAUGGUCACGCAGGUUGGGUCUGGCCAGGAGCUCAACUUGGAAGAGGGGAUUGGAAAUGACUUGGAGAAGAGCCUGGUGGCAGAGGAAGAGGAGGAGGAUGAAGAGGAGGGGCCUGGAAGCUGCUCCGAGGAUGAUUGCAGUGAACUGAUGCAGGAGAUAAUGGACAACCUGACCACGAAGGAGAUUCAGGUGGAGAAGAUCCAUGUGGACACGUCCUCCUUUGUAGAGGAGCUGCCUGGAGAGAGAGAUUUUGCCCACGUGGUGGAGAUCUAUGACUUUGAGCCCGUGCUCAAGACGGAGGACCUGCUGGCAGCAUUCUCGGAGUUCCAAGAAAAGGGGUUCAAGAUUCACUGGGUGGAUGACACGCACGCACUUGGUGUCUUUCCCUGCCUCGACUCAGCUGCAGAAGCCCUGGCCAGGGAGUUCUCAAUGCUCAAGAUUCGGCCCCUUACACAAGGAACCAGGCAGUCGAAGCUGAAAGCCCUUCAGAGGCCAAAGCUGCUGCGUCUGGCAAAGGAGAGGCCACAGACAAGUACAGUGGUGGCCCGUAGGCUGGUGGCCCAGGCGCUGGGACUACAGCGCAAAAAGAAAGAGCGGCCUGCAGUCCAGUCUCAUCCUGCCCCGAGUCCCAGCGAUGCCCCAGCCAGCCCCGAUCUGAGCCCUCAGGCCUGAGCUGGUGCCACCACAAGCCUUCACAGACGCCCAAACAGCCCCGUGCUCUCCCUGGGGGCUCGCUGAGAGGCUUGGCAGGCUUUUAGUUCCAGAAG